AUGCAUUGUUAUUCCGAGUUCUUCGCUUUCCCUCAAAUUCCGACCUCACAAUUAUUAACAUCACCAACUCAACUUCCCUACAAAGGCAAACAGAAACACUAGUGCAAACCAGUUCUUUUUCUCUCCACCCUCUUCUCUUUCAUUUUUUUGUUCAUCACCCUCAACACCAAAAUGGCGUCACCAUCGCCUUCCCCAUCAAUGCCCACAUUCCUCCUUCUCCUCGCUCUCUUCGCCACCACAGCCUCGUCUCUUACCUGCACAACCCAAAAGGUAACGGACAACACAAACAGGCUCUACUCAAACUGCGUGGACCUCCCCGUACUCAAUUCCUUCCUCCACUGGACUCAUGAUGCCGCUAACGCCACCCUCUCGGUGGCGUUCGUGGCGGCGCCGCCGAGUCCGGGAGGAUGGGUGUCGUGGGGAAUCAAUCCAACGGGUUCGGGCAUGGUGGGGGCGCAGGUGCUGGUGGCGUUUAAGAGCGACGGUGCAAUGACAGUGAAAACGUUUGACCUUAAGUCUUACAGUGCCAUUGUUCCUGGGAAGCUGUCGUUUGAGGUGUGGGAUAUGAGGGGUGAAGAGGUGGGUGGGGUGAUGAGGAUUUUCGCCACCGUUAAGGUGGCAGAGAAGGUUGAGAGUUUGAACCAUGUGUGGCAAGUGGGACCCUCUGUCACCGCUGGGAGAUUGGAUAAGCAUGAUUUUGGUGCUGCCAAUUUGAAUUCCAAGGGGACGCUUAACUUGAAUAGCGGUGGUGGACAGAGCUCUGGUGGGGGUGCCGUCGACUCAAUCACCAAGAAGAAAAAUAUUCAUGGAGUUCUAAAUGCCGUGAGUUGGGGUGUGCUUUUCCCCCUUGGAGUGAUCAUAGCAAGGUACCUGAGGGUUUUUCCGUCUGCAGAUCCUGCUUGGUUCUAUCUUCAUGUUGGGUGCCAGCUAUCUGCUUAUGCCAUUGGGGUUGCUGGUUGGGGAACUGGUAUGAAACUUGGAAGCGAAUCAGAGGGGAUUGAAUUCAGUGGUCAUCGCAACAUUGGCAUUACCCUCUUUUGUUUUGCCACUCUACAGAUAUUUGCUUUGUUCAUCAGGCCAAAGAAGGAUCACAAAUAUCGGUAUUUAUGGAAUAUCUAUCAUCACAGCGUUGGAUACUCCAUAAUUAUCCUGGGAAUUAUCAACAUAUUCAGGGGCUUUGACAUCUUGCAUCCUGAUAAGAAAUGGAAAUCAACUUACAUUGCGGUGAUUAUUGCACUGGCUGCAGUUGCUUUGUUUUUGGAAGUGGUCACAUGGAUUGUUGUCUUGAAGAGAAAGUCUAACAAGUCCACCAAACCUUAUGAUGGAUACAACAGUGGACAAAACAGGCAACAGCCCCUUAAUAUGUAAUCAAGUGGCUCAUUUGGCUUAGGUUUUCAGAGCAUACUCUGAUUUUGUAAUCAGGUGGAUAUGUUCUACAGCUUCCCCUUUUCCUCUUUUUCAUCCUUUUUUUCUAUUUAUACAUAUUUUUGUAUAAUGCUUGCAUAGUGAAUAUAGAUGAUUCAUUCUCUCUGUAAUUAGGUCUGAAACCUUCUACCAUGCUUGUGUAUUGGGAUGGGAAGUUUUUCACAGGAGAAUUAAGCAGCAUGCUUUCUUUGCAUGCGGGUGUUUCUUUAUCCUAUUUUAGGGUUCAAUUAUUGUAAUAAUGAAUACUUCUUCUCAGCAAUUUGUCUUUGCUUGCGGUAUGG